CUUAAUACUAGAAAUGAAGACAUUCAUAUGCAUCCAUAAGUUGGACCGAGUUAUAGGCUGCUGUUCUGAUUUUUGUCUGUACUGAACCAUGACGAUUCCAUAGUCGUUAUUCGGAAAUUCUACGCGGAAAAGCGGUUUGAUGCUGAGUGAAGAGACAAUUCCAUAGUCGUUAUUUGAUACCUGCAGCCUCAAGCACAAUCACCGAAAGAAAGUUCAAACUUCGGUUGAUUGUCUAAUUCUGCGAAAUUUCUCGGAGAAUCAGACAGUUUACAGUUGAUAAAUCACAGUAUAUCACUGGACUCUCACCAGUAAGCCAUAACGCGCCUUCCUUCUGCCUCAAACGAACUGAGAGGAACAGAGUCUCUUUACAAGCCGGCAAGAAGCAAAAGCCAGAGUCACCAUAACUACGCCACUACUUUCAAAGAGCCUGAAGGGAUAGCCAGCACUGUUCUUCACCACCUCCCAAGCUCAUUAAUAAGUCCGAGUUUAGAAGGGGCAGCAGAGCAUCAUCAAUGCAGAAUCAGAGCUAGCGAUUGGCUGUGAGAAUUUAAAUAGCUCCGAAAUUAACGUUAACUUCGCCAACAGGUCAAGUGGCUGCGGAGGUAGAAGAUGAAACUCCCUGAAGCAACAAGAAGAUAAUUAAACGAAGCCUCAGUUUCUCAAACAUAGCCAUGGAAUUACGGCAAGUAUUACUGAAGACAGCUUUAGCCUUGCUCUUUAUUCAGUUUGGUCUAGCUCGACAAAUUUCUUCCAGCUUCGGAACCGAAAGGCUCGCGCUGCGUCAGCUUCGCUCGUCGUUGGGGAUUCGUAGCAAGUACUGGCCCAUAAAAGCGGAACCGUGCAGGAACUGGACCGGGGUUCGGUGCCAGAACGGGCGAGUCGUUGGGAUAAGCUUAUCCGGUUUAAGACGAACCCGAUUCGGGCGUCUCCAUCCACGUUUCGCGGUGGAUUCUCUUGCCAACUUCACACUCUUAGAGUCAUUCGAAGCUUCUGGGUUCUUGCUCAAUGGGUCUAUUCCUGACUGGUUCGGACAGCGCCUGAGAACACUACAAAGGCUCGAUCUAAGCUCUUGCUCACUCACGGGUCUCAUUCCUCCGUCUCUGGGGAAUUUGAAUGGGCUGAAGUUUCUGAUUCUGGCGGAUAAUAGUCUCACCGGGAGAAUGUCUUCCACAUUGGGACAAUUAUCCAGUUUAUCGGUUCUGAAUCUCUCAGGAAAUUCGCUCACUGGAUUAAUGCCCAACUCUUUCUCGUCUCUGGUCAAUCUCACAAGCCUUGACCUCUCUUCUAAUUUUUUAUCUGGUUCCGUUCCGGCCUAUCUUGGUAAUCUUAAUAGGCUUCAGCUUUUGAAUCUUUCCGACAAUGGCUUCACUGCCCCGCUACCUUACCAACUGCGUAAUCUUUCUCAGUUAGUUCAGCUUGAUCUAAGCAAGAAUUCUUUGUCUGGGUCGUUGCGCGGUGAUUUGUUUUCUCAACUUACUUCCCUACAAAGUCUAUCUCUGGGUAGGAAUGCCUUUGAUGGCUCUCUUCCUCCCGCAUUGUGGUCAAUGAGGCACCUGUCCGUCCUUGAUGUAUCCAGCAACAGCCUUACUGGCACUCUGCCGAAGCUUGUCCCAAAUGUUAGUUCUACCGGUGCUAUCUUCAACCUCUCAAACAAUUUAUUCUAUGGAUAUCUUAAUACUUCGUUUACGAAAUUUAGGAUUAUUGAUUUGUCCAGUAAUUAUUUCCAAGGCAAGGUGCCUGAUCAUGGCUUAAGUAAUAUUACUCUUGAUACAAAUUGCCUUAUAAUGGGUCCGAAACAAAGGAAUUCCAGAGAUUGUACGCAGUUUUAUGCCAAGAGAAACCUAAUCUUUAUUGGUGCUCAAGAACCAGCAGCGUCGCCUUCGGCCGAAGCAGAGUCCAGGAAAAACAAACGAGUGAUAUUCAUUUUGGCGGGCACGUUUGGUGGACUUGGGUUUAUUGUGAUUCUAGUAUUGGUCUUAGUACUGCUUCUCGGAAAAUGUGGUAAUAGCACUGAAACUCAAAAAAGGGCAACAAAUGAGGUAUCCGUUCAAGAAGGGGAAAGUCCUGUGCCCCCAAAGAAUCUUAUGUUAGACAGCGGCAUGGGAGAAUCAUUUAGUUAUGAACAAUUGCUCCAUUUGACUGGUAAUUUUGCUGAAGUUAAUAUCAUCAAGCGUGGUCAUUCCGGUGACAUUUUCAGGGGAAUCCUGGAAGGUGAAGUAAGUGUGGUUGUGAAAAGGGUAGAUUUGAACUUAGUCAAGAGAGAAUCAUUCAUGUUGGAAUUGGAACUGCUAAGCAAGGCUUCUCAUACAAGAUUGGUGCCGCUACUGGGGCACUGCUUGGAGAAUGAGAGUGAGAAAUUUUUAGUUUACAAGUACAUGCCAAAUAGAGAUUUGGCUACUUGCUUGCACAGAGUGAGUGGCUCAGACGAUAAAGAACAGUCCCUGGAUUGGAUCACCAGAUUGAAAAUUGCAAUAGGAGCUGCUGAAGGUCUACAUUACCUGCAUGAUUGCCGCCCUCCUCUUGUCCAUAGAGAUGUCCAAGCAAGUAGUAUACUUCUUGAUGAUAAAUUUGAAGUCAGAUUUGGAAGUUUGAGCGAGGUUACUGCCCAAGGAAGUCUUCACCGGCGUGUCGUCACAAGGUUAUUUCGCAAGUCACGAUCUUUUGAUCAAAACAAUCCUGGUUCGUCAACUGCAACAUGUGCUGAUGAUGUAUACUCUUUUGGGAAGGUCUUACUUGAGCUUGUUACCGGUAAGCCUGGAAUUAGCGAGACAGAUGACGCCAGCACCAGAGAGUGGAUAGAGCAAACGUUGUCAUACAUAAGCACAUAUGACAAGGAACAGGUGACUAAAAUAGUAGACCCAUCUCUUAUAGUUGAUGAGGACCUAUUGGAAGAGGUGUGGGCUAUGGCAAUUGUGGCCAGAUCGUGCCUCAACCCAAAGCCUUAUAAACGCCCUCCAAUAGGGUAUGUCCUAAAAGCACUGGAAAAUCCAUUGAAGAUAGUGAGAGAAGAAUAUAACAGUAGCUCAGCUAGAUUGAGAACAACUUCAUCAAGGAGAUCUUGGAGCACGGCAUUCUUUGGGAGCUGGAGACAGAGCUCGUCAGAGGGUGCUACUGCAACUGCAAACAGAGAGGGUAUUACUGCCAGUGGCUUUAAACAAACAGGAAGAGUAGGGUCUCAGAGUAGUGGUGGAAAUGAUCACUCUUCUUCCCACAAAAGGUUGUCUAGUGAAGUUUUCCCUGAACCAUUGGAAAUUCAAGAGGUGGAAACCGGAGACGCGAGAUGAGCAUUGAGGGAAAGAUGGAUUUGGUAAUUGUUCUCUGAGUAGGUUUUCCGUGUAUAGCUUGUUCUCCGGAUCGCCGUUGUUUAGGCAAUGCAAUUCAUGCUACUUAUACAAAGGAACUCCUCACGCUAUCAACCUCUU